AGAUAUUUGACGGUGGGUCCAUCCCACGCUGCAGCUCCCUAGGGGGUCGAAAUGGUUUUGUGUUGAUUCGGUAGCUGAUCUCACUGACUGCUUUCUUCCAAUCACACCGUAACGAUGAGGUCCGACUGACAUGGAAUACAAUGAAAAACUGGCACGCUUUCGACAAGGUCAUCUCAAUCCCUUCGAUAAAGAUCCAGGCGGAAAGGUGGAUAAAGUCAGUGAGGAAGAGGGUGACCUGUCAGUAAAAGGACUACACACAGACUUUUUGUAUCGGGAGGUCAGUGAUCGAGUGAUGGAUCUUGGUUUGGCUGAGGAUCAUUUUUCAAAACCUGUGGGUUCAUUUGGAGCGUUGGACAUUGAAAACCUGAAACGUGCAAUUGACGAAGUGAAACAAGUUAUAUUAGAUUUGCCAGAACACUCAGAGAAGCAGAAAGACGCUGUUGUUAAACUUAUUCAUCUCAGGCUUAAACUGCAAGAAUUGAAGGACCCUGAUGAAGAUGAACCCAAUAUUAGAAUUAUUCUUGAACAUCGAUUCUACAAGGAGAAAAGCAAAAGUGUCAAACAGUUUUGUGACAAGUGCAGCACCAUUAUAUGGGGCUUGCUUCAAACCUGGUAUACCUGUACAGGUUGUUAUUACCGGUGUCACAGUAAAUGUUUAAACCAAAUUAACAAAUCCUGUGUAAGGUCAAAGGUUAGCCACCAAUCUGAAUUUGAGCUCAAUAUCUGCCCUGAGGUGGGUCUGGACCGACAGGAUUAUCGAUGUGGAGAGUGUCGCCAACCAAUUUCUUUACGUGGUGUGCCCAGUGAAGCACGCAUGUGUGACUACACCGGACGAUAUUAUUGCAGCAGCUGCCACUGGAAUGAUGCAGCGGUCAUUCCUGCUCGUGUCAUACACAACUGGGACUUUGAAGCCUAUAAAGUAUGCCGUUACAGUAUGAGAUACCUCACGCUGAUGAUCUCACGGCCAGUACUGAAACUUAGAGUGAUUAAUCCACUUCUCUUCAAUUAUGUGGAGGAACUAGUAGAAAUUCGGAAACUCCGACAAGACAUUCUGCUGAUGAAACCCUAUUUCAUCACGUGUAAGGAGGCAAUGGAGGCAAGGCUGCUAUUACAGUUGCAGGAUCGACAGCAUUUUGUGGAAAACGAUGAAAUGUAUUCUUUACAGGAUUUAAUUGACAUUGCCACUGGCCGUCUGAGCUGCACUUUAACUGAAAUCCACACCAUCUUUGCAAAACAUAUUAAACUGGACUGUGAGCGAUGUCAGGCUAAAGGUUUCGUCUGUGAGUUAUGCAAAGAGGGUGAUGUGCUCUUUCCAUUCGACAGCCACACAUCAGUCUGCCAGGAUUGUUCUGCUGUAUUCCAUAGAGAUUGUUAUUAUGACAAUUCCACUACAUGUCCAAGGUGUGUGCGGCUUUCAAUGAGAAGACAGUCUCAAAUUGGAUCAGCUCACCCAGACUGAGAAGCUAAGCCCAAAUGAAGAAUUGUCAACUGCGAAUAUUGUGACUCCAAUUACUUCAUUUUCUGCCAGCUAACUAGUUUGACCAUUAUCUUUCAGAUAAUAAUAAUCAAUGGAGUUGUUUAAUUCCAUUAGGAUCUGGGUUAAGUGAACAAAGAUGGAAAAUUUCCUUUAAAGUUGGAAAUCUGAGUACAAAAGCUAGUGAAAGGCUAAAAUGGCAAGAUUCCCAGUGAAAUCAAAGCAGCAGUCUUUGAAAUUAAAAUCUGAGUAUCUUUUGAAAAGUCCUUUAGAUCUUUUGACGGUCUGUAAAAUCUGACUGGCAUAAUUUAAGGGUAGUGUUCCCUUAUAAAUUUUCCUUCAUGAGCAGUUUCUAUGUAGAAUGUAUUUCAGCUUUGUUGUAAUUUAUUUAUGCCAUCUCCAUCCAAUAUACAUUUACUGCAUAUUUGAAGGGAUUGUAGAAAAAGAGUUCUGAUUUUUAUGGGAUAACUUGUGAAGAAAAAAAUUGGCAUUUACAUGGUGCUUUACCACAUUCUUGGGAUGAAGACAAAUGUUCGGAAUGCUGCCCACUUUUAUUUUCUGUUUUGUCAUCAGUCCUCACUUGAUAAAGGGAAAAUUAUUAGUUUAAUAACCUGUGCUCUGUUAUGUCUACAUUCAAUGUUAAUAGAACAGAUGUUUAAAUUGGCAAAUAAUUAUAGAUCUGGGCUUGUUAGCAUUUCAAACAAUUCUGAUUCUUUUGAAUCAGAGACUACAUUGCGUGAAAGAAAGGGUUGGGGAAUGAACACAUUGGAAUUAUUCCAUUUGGAAAUGGAAAAAUUAUGGUUCAGGGAAUUGAUGUCCCAGCUGGUUUAUAGAAAGGGAGGCUUACAAAGCUUUGCAGUGAAUGAGCACUGGCUUAAAAAGUAAUUAAUCCUGUGCAUCGUAGGGUACGAAUGCAUUGAUGAAAGCAUACUAAAAGCAAGUGUCACUUGUCAUGUUGAAGACUGCUUUUUGUCAUGACACCAAUAUUGCGUUAAGAAAUCUGCACGAUUGAUGACUGUGCUCAUCUGAUAUAGAGGGGUACAGUAAGUAAGCUUGAAAGUUGGCAGACUCCAAUUGUAUACAGUAGUACUUUAUGAACUAAAGCCACACAGAACAUUGGUACAAAGUGUUGGGGAACAUUUUGUUCUUUGUCCCGUCCGGACCACUACUUAAGGCAUUUGCAUACUGUUAUUUAAACUGGAAUAUGAAGAAUUUCGUGCUAAGUGAUAGGAGUAGCAUAUAAUCCAGGGCUGGUCCAUUAACAAUGUCGUUCAGUGUUAGUAGCUUGUCUGACUGAGAAAUUAGAUAAUUGGGUGUGGCAUAAAAAAGUAUAAUUGUGUAGAUUUCUAUUUUAACUUGAACUGAAUUGGGUACCUAGAUUUUAAUUUCACUACUGCUGAAAAUGAUAAAUUGGUAAUUUUGUUAAGCUGAAUGCCUUGAUGUGGACCAGUUGCAUUUUCUAAUGUAAUCUAUAUUGUAAUUUCAAAUGGAAUUUGCUAGUUUAGAGAAAAACUACCAUAUUUAUCCACAGUUGAACAUUCCGAAAUCAAUUUUAAUCCAUUUGUAUUCCUUUGGCUGCUUUUUGAGUGUGAGAGCUCAAAUUUUUGAAAUAGCUGACAAACUGGGACCUUGAUAAUUACACUAAUUAUUUAUCCCUUUGUGCAUUUUCCACCAGUGUUUUGUUUUACAAAAACCAAGAAUCCUGGUUAUUUGAUUGGAAAGAGGGAUAAAAGAGAUAAUUUGGCUUCAGAAUAUCUGAAAUGUGCUAGCAAUCAGUUCCAUAAAUGAUACCAUCUAUGUUGAUUUUGACAAUCUAAUAUGGACUGGGUUAAAAAUACAUUUUUUAUUACAUUAAGUGUUAGAGGUUGACACACUGUCUGAAUUUUUCUUUUGAAUAGUUAAUAGUAUUCUAGGGUUCCGUAUCACUUGAGAAAUGGUUAUUGAACUUAUUGAAUCUCCCUAAGCAUUACUAUUCAGUUAUCCGCCUAAAUAAAUUGUGUAUCAUUGUAAACAAGAUCAAAAUGAAAAUAGAAAACAUGUCUCCGCAUUAAGAAAUUGCUAUGGUCUAUGAUCCUUUUACUGGCCUACUGUUGUGGCUUUCUUGUUUUAAGAUAAUCACCGAUGGAGGGAAGGAAAUGGAAGUAAUUAUAUGAUUAGACCUCUCACUUCUCCUACUGAUAACUCUAUGUUCAAUGGAUCCAAUGGUAAAAUUAAAUAUCAUAUGGUACUUUUAUGUUUGUAGUAUAAAAAUGCAAAGUAUCAUGCUGCUGUGGAGGUUUUUAUAGCACUAAACAUUGUUACGCACUUUUCAAACGGGUUUAAAAUCCUUAAGUAUUACUAUUCCGUUAUUCUCCUAAUGAAAUUGUGUAUUACCAUUUUAUGCACUUAUAAUUUUUUUGUCUUUUUAAAAUUCAAAUUUUGCUUGUCGUUAAUAAAAGCCAGUUUAAUGAGGGGUGCCUGUCUGUGGCUUUUUUUUAUUGCUAUGUUUACAUCUUUUAGUCAAGAAGUAUCCAUUAAAUCAGUCAAUCCAGUGAUAAUUAUGUAGGGCAUCUAUUCUGACUCUGUAGAGAAUUUCCACUUCACCCCUUUGUAGAAAAAGGUCAAAAACAAAAAACUUGCAAGCGUUAGCAGGAUAAUCAGCCUUUGAAAGUGAAUAAAAGCCUAAUAUUUGAAGUGAACUAUAACAUAAAAUGUCAUUAAUCCUUGCAGGUCAGGCUACAUCUGUGCAAAAUUCCAAAGGUUAGGGUUUUAUUUUGGGUCUAUGUAUCCUCCUUUGUUGGACAAUGAAAGGUCGUAGCCCUGAAACAUUAGAUAUGAUGGAAGGUCAAAGACAUGAAAUUCUGGCUAACCUUUUUUCCAUUCUUCAAAGAUGCUGCCUUACCUGCUAAUUCUAUUUUUAUUUCAGAUUUCUAGCAUCUUGAAUUUUAUUUUAUUCAAAUUCAUACACUCAAAUAUAUGAAUUGAAGAAAGUUUAUUAAAGCAUUAACGUUUUUUCUUUAAGAACAUAAUAGCCAAUUGCAUGUUUCUACCAGUUGGAUCAUUUUUCUUAGUUUUAGUAUAUACAUAAAAAAGCAUAGAGGCACCAGUUUUAAAUUUGACUGCAAAGCAAGUGAUUGGUAGUGUACCUAUAAAAUGGAAAUACUUUUCAUAGAAUAUUAUAAAUAGUUUAUUUCUUGGUAUGCUUAAAAUUUCAGCUCUGAAUAUUUUGUAUGACUGUACAUUUUACCCCUUUAAAAAAUUCACUGAUUUAUUUGUUAAUUAAAUCUUUAAGAUACUGGAGAUUAAACAAAUAUGAUAAUGUAAUUUAGCUUGCAUAAAAAUAAUUUUAAAAUGUUGUAUAGAGGCUGCUAAGGUUAACAGUUUUAUGCUGUUCCUGUUCAAAUCUACUGCCAAUGGUGCUGUAAUUACACAACUGACAAUACCUUGUAAUGAGUGGAAUAAAUAUUUCAGGGUUUGUUCAUUACCUUCA